CGAGCUGGCAGGCGGCUCCACCCCUCGGAGCGCCGGGGCUCCAGGCUCCCCUCCCCCACGUUGGCAGCAGCAGGGGGUCCCGGGAAGCGCCGUUUGUUCUUUUGCGGGAGUUAGGUUUCCGGGAAGAGUCGGAAGGGCUUCCCUCUCCGUGGGCAGUGGAGUGGGUCACUGGACACCGCGGGGGUGGCAAGGCACCCCUGCUUUCAAGGACAUGGGAAGCAUUUAGAGCGUUGGCAAUUUAAACCAGGUGUUAGAAAACUACUCAGAUGCUCCAAUGACACCAAAACAGAUUCUUCAGGUCAUAGAGGCAGAAGGACUAAAGGAAAUGAGUGGGACAUCCCCUCUUGCCUGCCUCAAUGCCAUGCUACAUUCCAACUCAAGAGGAGGAGAAGGGCUAUUUUAUAAAUUACCUGGCCGAAUUAGUCUUUUCACACUCAAGAAGGAUGCUGUGCAGUGGUCUAGAAAUGUAGCUGCUGUGGAUGGAGAAGAGCCAGAGGACUCAGCUGAUGUGGAAAGCUGUGGAUCUAAUGAAGCCAGCACUGUGAGUGGUGAAAAUGAUGUAUCUCUGGAUGAAACCUCUUCAAAUGCAUCCUGUUCUACAGAGUCUCACGGCCGGCCUCUUUCCAAUCCUAGGGACAGCCACAGGGCUUCCUCACAGGCAAACAAACAAAAGAAAAAGACUGGGGUCAUGCUGCCUCGUGUUGUCCUGACUCCUUUGAAGGUAAACGGGGCCCACGUGGAAUCUGCAUCAGGGUUCUCAGGCCGACAUGCGGAUGGUGAGAGUGGCAGUCCAUCCAGCAGCAGCAACAGCUCUCUGGCCUUAGGCAGCACUGCCAUUCGAGGCCAGACUGAAGUCACCCGGGACCCUGCCCCUCUCUUGAGAGGCUUCCGAAAGCCAGCCACAGGUCAGAUGAAGCGCAACAGAGGGGAAGAGGUAGAUUUUGAGACGCCUGGGUCCAUUCUUGUUAACACCAACCUUCGUGCUCUGAUAAACUCUCGGACCUUCCAUGCCCUGCCAUCACACUUCCAGCAGCAACUCCUCUUCCUCCUGCCUGAAGUGGACAGACAGGUGGGGACAGAUGGCCUGUUGCGCCUCAGCAGCAGUGCACUCAAUAAUGAGUUUUUCACCCAUGCAGCUCAGAGCUGGCGGGAACGCCUUGCUGACGGUGAAUUCACUCAUGAGAUGCAAGUCAGAAUAAGACAGGAAAUGGAAAAGGAGAAGAAGGUGGAACAAUGGAAGGAAAAGUUCUUCGAAGACUACUAUGGACAGAAAUUGGGUUUGACCAAAGAAGAAUCACUGCAGCAGAAAGAAGGCCAGGAUGAGGCCAAAAUCAAGAGUGGCUUGUGUGUCCCAGGAGAAUCAGUACGGCCACAGCGUGGGCCCACCACCCGUCAACGGGAUGGGCAUUUUAAGAAACGUUCUCGACCAGAUCUCCGAACCAGAUCCAGAAGGAAUCUGCACAAAAAACAGGAGCCAGAACAAACAGGGGUUUCUAAGGAUGCAAACUCUGCACCAGAUGUUUUACUCUCCAAAGAUGGGGUUGCUAAGACCGAUUCAGCAGGGGUGAGCUGUCCCUCUGGGCCAGAUGUCUCCUCUGCAGCAUCUGGACAGGAGGGACCCAAGCGUCCCAGGGAACCUGUGGCUUCCCGGAUCCAAGCAGAAACAGACAACUUGGCAUGUGCCUCUGCAUCUCCAGACAGAAUCCCUACCUUACCUCAGGACACUGCGGAUCACGAGACAAAGGAGCAGAAGAGGAAAUCCUUUGAGCAGGCAGCCUCUGCAUCCUUUCCCGAAAAGAAGCCACGGCUUGAAGAUCGUCAGUCCUUUCGUAACACAAUUGAAAGUGUUCACACCGAAAAGCCACAGCCCACUAAAGAGGAGCCCAAAGUCCCGCCCAUCCGGAUUCAACUUUCACGUAUCAAACCACCCUGGGUGGCUAAAGGUCGGCCCACUUACCAGAUAUGCCCCCGGAUUGUCUCCAUCACAGAGCCCUCCUGCCGGGCUUGGACUGGUGCCAGGACCCUCGCAGACAUUAAAGCCCGUGCUUUGCAGGCCCGAGGGGCAAGAGGCCACCACUGCCAUCGAGAGGCGGCCACCACUGCCAUCGGAGGGGGGGGUGGCCCGGGUGGAGGUGGCAGUGGGGCCAUCGAUGAGGGAGGUGGCAGAGACAGCGGCAGUGGUGAUGGUGGUGAGGCCUGUGGCCACUCUGAGCCCAGGGGAACCCCAAGCACCCCUGGAGAGAGUGCGUCAGAUCUACAGCGAACACAACUACUGCCGCCUUGUCCAUUGAAUGGAAAGCACACUCCGGCUGAAGCUGCCAUACCCAGAACCAGAGGAGAAGACCCGGCUUCUCUCAGAAAAGAAGAGAGCUGCCUGUUGCAAAGGGUCCCAGCUGUGCUUACAAGUGGGCUGGAAGAUGCCUCCCAACCCCCUAUUGCUCCCACUGGAGACCAGCCAUGCCAGGCUUUGCCCCCUCUGUCCUCCCAAACUCCAGUAGCUGAGAUGUUAGCAGAGCAGCACAAGUUGCUUCUAGCUGGUAGAACUGAGUGCGAGUCUGCUACCACCUCCCAGGAGAGGGUUAGUGAGGAUCAAGGAUCCAGUGUUUCCUCAGAGAGCGCUUCUCUUCCGUCUCCAUUGGGAGACAUGUUAGGAGGAGGAAAUAACCAGGCCUUUGAUAGUAAUCCCAGUAUGAAAGAGCCUAUAAAUGUCACACCUGCUUUUAUAUCUGAAUUACCGUUGGCUACCUACCUACAGGAUAGACCUGCUGAUGAUGGGUUAGGACUUGGUGCCACAGGCACCCUCGUAAGGAAAAGUGGUAGACAAGAAACUUUGAAAACUGAGGCUUUUGCAUCUGACAGUGCUGCCUCCUGGGUACCCAUUCUGUCAAAUUACGAGGUAAUAAAAGAAUCUGAGCCAGAAUCCAGAAAAGAUGCACCAUGCCUGGAGCCCCAGGACGGAGAAGAGUGGGAGAGAGCUGUUCCCCUCACUGCUGCCAUGCCCGGGGAGUUGGCAGCCACAGAAGGUAUGCCCCACCCUGAGAGCUGUGCUUCACUCUGGACAGCACCUCCUCCAGGAGUCACGAGCAUCACUGGCAGUGAUGGUGAGCAGGUGGGCCUUGAAAGACUGGAAAUGAAUGGCAUCUCUGAAGCACCGAGUCCUCACAGUGAAUCCACAGAUACAGCCUCUGACUCUGAAGUCCACCUUGCUGAGGACAGCAGUGAGGCUGAUGCAAGUAUAGCCACAGUGGCAAGGGCGUUGUUGGGCAGGAGUGAAAAGCAGGACUGGGACCCCUCUUCCUCACUCUCCAAGGCAAGCAGUGACCUAAGUGUCCUCACAAGGACAGAAGGGGUGGCUGCUUCUCAGAGCUGGGUGUCUAGAGUGUGUGCAGUCCCCCACAAGAUCCCAGAUUCCCUGUUGCUGUCCAGUUCUGAGUGCGCACCCAGGUCUGUGUGCCCACCUAGGCCUGGUUCUUCAGUGGAGGUUACCAACCCACUCGUGAUGCACCUGCUGCAUGGUAGCUUGCCCCUGGAGAAGGUGCUUGCUCCAGGUCACAGAGGCAGCAGGCCAGAGUCCCCACAGCUGCCACUCGGAGAGCAGAGCCAGGAUAGAGGCACUCUACAAGGUUCUGGGGACGACAAUCACCUAGUUGCCAGAAGCAGCCCCAGUUCUGCACAGGCACUGCAAGAGUCUCUUAUGGCCCAGAGCUAUGCAUCAAGUGCUACUCUUGGCAGGGCAAAGGCCUCCCAGGCUCCUGGAGUGCCCCAGAAGAUUGCUAAGAUGGUUCCAAGUUUAGACUCCCAGCAUCCAAUGACAGAACUGAUACCUUCCUCUGGCAACCUGGAAGAAAUAGAUUCCAAAGAGCAUUUCUCUUCCUCCCUUUGUGAAGAGCAGAAAGAAGCCCAUUCCCUGUCCCAAGGCAGUGCUGCAGGUGCUGCCCCAGGCCAGUGUCCAGGAGAUCACUCUACCUCCAAAGCGCCGUGUUUCUCCUCUGCAGAUGUGAGCCUCUCCUUUGGUCCUGAGCAGACAGAAAGGACCCGGAGUGACCAGAGCAGUGCCGGUGGUCAAGAGAAGAAACUGUUCGGUUCUAGGAAUUCGGUUGCCAUCCUUCAGUGCCCCAGAUCUGAAGAGCAGACACCGCCACCUGCUGAGGUCCCUCCAGUGUUUCCCAGUCGGAAGACAGAACCAAGCAAAGACUCUGAUGGUGUGCAGACUGUAAGGGAAGACUGGACACCCAAACCACCGCCUGUCUCUGCUGGCAGCAUCAAGACAGAGCAGACAUUCUCAAGGGGCCCCAUUAAGGCAGAUGCAGAGAACAGGAAAGCCGCUGGGUACAGUCCCCUGGAGCUAGUGGGUCACUUGCCAGGGAUGCCUUUCGUUGUGGACCUGCCUUUCUGGAAGUUCCCCAGAGAGCCAGGGAAAGGGCUCAGCCAGCCACCAGAGCCUUCCUCCAUCCCCUCCCAACUCAGCAUCAAGCAGGCGUUGUAUGGGAAGUUUUCUAAACUCCAGCUGAGUCCCACCAGCUUUAAUUAUUCCUCCAGCUCUGCCACCUUUCCCAAAGGCCUUGCUGGCAGUGUGGUGCAGCUGAGCCACAAAGCCAGCUUUGGUGCGGGCCAUACCGCAUCAGUCUCCCUGCAGAUGUUCGCUGACAGCAGUGCAGUGGAAAGCAUCUCUCUGCAGUGUGCGUGCAGCCUCAAAGCCAUGAUCAUGUGCCAAGGCUGCGGGGCGUUCUGCCAUGACGACUGCAUUGGACCCUCAAAGCUCUGUGUAUUGUGCCUUGUGGUGAGAUAAUAAAUUAUGGCCAUUGGAAACAUUGUACAUUUAGUGUGUGUAUUUUAAUAAUGGUUGAUUUAAGUCUGUAUACAGAAUAUCAUUGAUAUAAUGAACUCUAUAUGUAGGUGAGAUUAAUCUUGCCUCCUAAAAUUUAUAGUGCUGAAACCCUCUGUCUUGAGACCCUUCUAGUCUUGCUAGAAGGGUGUUUCAGGGGAUCGGGGGACUGUGGUUGCCCAAGACCAUCCAGCCUGAACCCUCUUGCAGUCAGUCAGGCAGUACAGUGUGGCAGGGCAACCUGUCUUGCACCCAAAUGGACUUGAAAUUGGAGCAGGAAGGUUGAGUUCUCACGGAUGCAGCUUACCUGCCUGAAGUACGCAGGAAUGUCAGUCUUCCACUGCCCCUCCCUGCCAUCUGCUACUUUGCUUGGGGAAUUGGUGGUUGCCGAAGCCACACAGGGUUAAAGUAGCUUCUUUCAUCAUUGCCCACCAGGGGAUCAAACACCCGCUGACCUUGACGUCAUGUUUUUGUCAUUUGCCAGUGAUGGAGCCAAGUUGACCUUUGGUUCUGGUGCUUCACCCAGUUUGGAACUUUUAAUUUGUCUGUAACCCACGGAUCCACAGAUUCUCUUGGAAGCUUGAAUAGCCCUUCUUGGACAAUGGGGUCUGGAAAUAGGGCUGUCUGCUACGGAAAUGCUGUCUGUAGACCUUGGGUCAACGUGCAGAUGUUUGCAGGUGACCCCUGCUUGCCGCCCACCCCGUUGCAUCUGACUCAGUGGGAGUGGGCACCCAUGCACCUGUGUAUGUGAAAGUCAUUUGACAUUUCCGAGCAGUCUGUUUCUUAUUUUUAUAUUUUUAACUCUAUUCUUGGAUGUAUAAAGUGAACUUUUUGGCUUCUGUAAGUAUGCUCUAUGCACCUCUAAUGUUUUAUCCUGUAUUUAUAUGUUGUACACAGUACUGGCCAAUUCUGUAAAUGGAUGUAUUGUACAGAGAACAUGAGCGUCUCUUCCUUAUUUUACGUCUUCAGCACCCUUGAUUAAAAUGGUGUCAUACACUUCUGUGCGCCAGUUGUCAACGCCACUGAGCGCUGUGCUGCCUGAUGUGAGAAGGAAGUUACUGACUAGUGACCUAUGGUUGGCCCUGUGCCUUGUCACCUGUCACCAGGGAGUCCACCACAGCCUGCAGCGCCACAGACAGCUGCCCACAUACCACUGAGUGAACAUGUCUUGUUCCUUGUAUCUAUUCUCUUCCAGCCUUGGGUGGCUGCUCUGCAGCCAUAUGUGACAAAUCGCCAUCACCAGUGUUGAGUGCUUCUGGAUUCAUGGGUGAGUUCCUUGGCCGGCCCCCAGACAGGCCUUCUGGAUCUGGCUCCAGGGUCGUCACCUGUCAAAGCAAUAUUGGGGAUCGCUAGGCUCCUUUUGACUUACUUACAGUAGGUUUCAGGGGAACAAAGCCAUGCCUGCUGCCUGCCUCUCUCCUACCACAGUUCCAUCAAGUAGACACUCUUGUGUUUGUCUGACCUCAUCCCAGUUCCUGCCCUGUUUCUUGUAUCUUUACUUGAAAGUUGGGAGCCCUUGUCUAAUUUAGGUCUGUCUCCUUGUGUGUCUGUUUCUGUAUGAAGUAUAGAAAUUGGUGUGCCUUGAGCGAGUCUCAUUUUCUCUGUAAGCUACCUCUUUCACCAUUUCAUCUGAGGUGGCUGUCUUUAUUUUUAUUUUUGUGGGGGGGGUCAUCCAUCAAGUGUGAGUGAGGAGUUGGUAGUGAUGUGAUUUCAAUUCAGUAUUGGCCAAGUCCAUGUUGUGUGCUCAGAAGUCUCUACCAAAGACCAGGAGCAGGAGCCACGCAUGUCCAGUCCUCCUCUUCUGAAACCACUGAGGUCUCAGAGGUGAAACUUGACAAUGGUCUGGUCCAUCGGGCUGCUCAGAAAAGCGCUGCUCUUGUUUGUCUCAUUGGUAUUGGAAAAAUAAACCUGUACAACCUG